AUGAUGGGCGAUAAGGCCAAGUUCACUUCAAUUAAACCCAAUGAUGGAGGAUUUGUGACCUUCGGGGACAAUGUAAAGGGCAAGAUCAUCGGAGUAAUUAAGAUAGGCCAUCCAUCCUCUUCUCAGCAACCAUCACCGCCGCCUCCGCCACCGUCCCGACCACACAGCAGCAACUCCAGCCACGAGCCCCGGCGGAAAAACCUCCCAGUACUGUCGCUUCCUGCUCCAUACUCCAUCCACCCCUGUUUUGGUUCUCUCCGAACUGCAGCAACCACCGCCGAGACCUCCCUCUGCAACUCACCUCAGGCUACUAGCCAGAAGCCACAACCGAGGCCACCAUUCCAGCCAUCUGCUACCAACCCGACAACCCCAUCCUCUUCACGCCGCCAGCAGCAGCGACCACCAGCAACACCCGAGGCUUUCCUCUGCAACUCUGCCACCACACUUCCCCCUACAACCACUGAGUCUGCUGCGACUAGCCGCAAGCCUCCACGACCACCACUAGGUCCAUCAUCCUCGGCCACGAGCUCCACGACCACCACCAUCCUCCAAGCUCAGACACAGGACACCCGACAGACAGCAGCCAUCUCCACACACCGCCGACCAGCGUCUCCAGUGCCAGCCCUCUGCACCCACCGCUGCACACUCCAGCACCAGUCCCGGCCGCGGCUGUAUCCGGCCAUCUCACAGGCAAACCUAGCCCCCUCCAGCCACGACUCCCAUCUCUAG